UUUAAGGGGCUGUCUCUCAACAUUCAAUAGGGCUGCAGAAAAUAAACAUAGUAGGACAAGAUUUAUGAGAAUUUGAAAGUUGAAGUAUUUGCUAUUCAUGGCUGCAUUCACUAAAUAUUCAAGUCAGGAGCUGGGAGCUGUAGUAAUUGCAGGUGGUCUCUUGAUCAUUGCCUUUUUAUGUCUUGUUCCAACUACAGGUGGUAUUGAGCUUCCAAAUUGGGGAAAGGGAACAAGAGGAGCGAAGGUAGGAUCAAGGCCACCAAGGUGUACGGUUGACAAAUGCUUGAAUUGCAGCCCUUGCAUGGCUACCCUAAUUGCACCCAUUCACCAAGGAAAACACAAAGUUUCUGCUGAUGGGUCCGCUUCUUCUGAACAUGAUACUUACUAUCUUCUUGCAUGGAAAUGCAAAUGUGGUAAUAAGAUUUACCAGCCAUGAUCCAUCAAUUUUUAUGUUAUACUAUAUAUUUUGUAAUUUUAUAGAUGAAAAGUAUGGUGCAUGUGCGUGCCUUCUCAAAUCAAAAAACAAAAUGGUGUAUGCUUGUGUUAUAUAUUGUUGUAUAGUUUGUUAUGUAUUUGGAAAAAAGUGGGAUUCUCUCGUAUUGGUGGUUGAUGGUCACCAAUUUGGUUUUGUAAAUAUUUGUCCACUCUAUUCAUUUAAUUAAGGAUAUUCUCAUGUAUUUGUGUACAUAAUAUAUAU